UGUUGUCAAAAUACCAAUGUUGAGAAUCAGAGCCUUCCGUAGGCGAUGGUUUUUGGCCUUAUUUGCGUUUAUUUUCGUUUUGUUUUUGCUUAUUAGAUCACUAGAACAGGUACACAUUCCCACAUCAGGGGCAUAUGAUGUUGAACACACUCUGCUAAGACAACCAUUCCAGUGGCACCCGAGACUAAGCGAUGUAGAAACUGCAAACAUUACCACCUGCAGAAACUCCGUCCAAGGCAGUCAGCUCAUUGUUGAUGAAAGGGGAUAUGUUUGUUCGCGUGGGGAUUUGACAUCAGGAGGGUGCUGUGAGGGUACAGCCAGUCAGUAUAAUUGCUCAUCGUGCAAGGCUAACGGCUGUUGUAUGUUCUAUGAACACUGUGUGUCCUGUUGUUUACAUCCAGAAAAGCAACCACUGCUUGAGAAAGUGUUGAAGGAAGCCCGCCAGAUUUAUGACAAGCUGAUAGUCUCAGCCUCUGACCAGUUUGAGCUCUGCCUCGCUAAGUGUAGAACAUCCUCAAAGAGUGUUCAACAUGAGAACUCCUAUCGUGACCCCCAUGCUAAGCAUUGUUACGGAGAGAGUCCGCCAGACCUACAGAUGGCGCUCACUUGAAUGCUAAACUACUUCAGAUCUCGCUCACAUUGACUUAUAUAUAUAUAU